AUUUGGAGCCCAACCUCCCACUGACCUGCUUCCUGCCAGAAAAGAGAUGUCUCUAGCCUGGAGAAACCUGCAGAAAGCCUUCCGUCUGGAGACCUCUCUCAGAAUCCUCCAGAUGUGUUCACCCCUGAGCUUAGGUGCCUCCUGGAUAUCUGUACCAAAGCUCAUGCUUCAUACGAAGCCCAGCAUGCCACCAUGUGACUUCUCGCCCGAGAGAUACCAGUCCCUUGCCUACAGCCGAGUCCUGGAAAUUCAUAAGCAGCACCUUUCUCCUGUGGAAACAGCAUAUUUCCAGAAGCCUUUGCUGCUCCACCAAGGACAUAUGGAGUGGCUCUUUGAUUCUGAGGGAAACAGAUAUCUGGACUUCUUCUCCGGGAUUGUGACUGUUAGUGUUGGUCACUGCCACCCGAAGGUAACUGCAGUAGCACAGAAGCAGAUGAACCACCUGUGGCACACUAGUUCUGUCUUCUUCCACUCUCCAAUGCAUGAAUAUGCAGAGAAGCUUUUGGCACUUCUUCCUGAGCCUCUUAAGGUCAUUUUCUUGGUGAACAGUGGAUCAGAAGCCAAUGACCUGGCCAUGGUGAUGGCCAGAGCAUACUCAAAUCACACAGACAUCAUUUCUUUCAGAGGAGCCUAUCAUGGAUGCAGUCCCUAUACAAUUGGCUUGACAAAUGUAGGGCUCUACAAGAUGAAAAUCCCCAAUGGGAUGGGCUGCCAGCCAACAAUGUGCCCAGAUGUUUUCCGUGGCCCUUGGGGAGGAAGCUACUGUCGAGAUUCUCCAGUGCAAACAGACAGGAAAUGCAGCUGUGCUCCAGACUGCUGCCAAGCUAAAGAACAGUAUAUAGAACAAUUCAAAGACACACUGAACACUUCAGUGGCCAAGUCGAUUGCUGGAUUUUUUGCAGAGCCAAUUCAAGGUGUGAAUGGUGUCGUCCAGUACCCGAAGAAGUUUCUGAAGGAAGCCUUUGCAUUGGUUCGAGAGAGGGGAGGUGUGUGCAUUGCAGAUGAAGUGCAGACAGGAUUUGGAAGGCUGGGCUCUCACUUCUGGGGCUUCCAAACACACGAUGUACUGCCUGACAUCGUCACUAUGGCUAAAGGAAUUGGGAACGGCUUCCCCAUGGCAGCAGUUGUAACCUCUCCAGAAAUUGCGAAGUCUUUGGCUAAAUGCUUACACCACUUCAACACAUUUGGAGGAAGCCCCCUGGCCUGCACCAUUGGAUCUGCUGUUCUUGAGGUGAUCAAAGAAGAAAAUCUACAGAAAAAUAGUCAAGACGUUGGCACCUAUAUGCUACAGAAGUUUGCUGAGCUGAGGGAUGAAUUUGACAUCGUUGGGGAUGUUCGAGGCAAAGGCCUUAUGAUGGGGAUAGAGUUGGUUCAAGACAAGAUGAGCCGCCAACCUCUUCCUAAAACAGAGCUCAAUCAAAUCCAUGAGGAUUGCAAAGACAUGGGGCUCCUAGUAGGCAGAGGCGGCCUUUUUGCUCAGACUUUCCGAAUUGCGCCGCCAAUGUGUGUCACUAAGCCAGAAGUGGAUUUUGCAUUUGAAGUAUUUCGCUCUGCCCUAAUUCAGCACAUGGAGAGAAGAGCUAAAUAAGACUUCUACAGAUGUGAAGAACCACAGUCUCAAGAACUUCUCAACUAUUUGCAAAGAUGAAUUUGAGAAAUGUUGAAACCACAAGUAUUAGAUGAAAACUAAGUUCUCCAUAGUAAUUGUAAAAGACAUGGCUGACUACCUACUGGCCAUAUUUGUCAACGGAGCUCCCAUUCUCUUGAGAAUUUGAUCCUUUGGGGAAAUUAUCUAUGGCUGCUCACAGACCAAGUCCUAGUUUGUAUAGGUUAGUCUAGGCAAAUGUUAGUUCCCAUUGCAUUAACUGAUUUGUAAAUGAACACAUGGUGUAUGUGUCAUCAAUGAGUCCUGAAGAAAAACCUUUCCAUGCUCACACCUUUGGGGAAACAUUUCUUCAUCCUUCAUGCUUCAGCUCAGAUGUCCUUGUCACACUGGAAAUACUGCAUCUCAUGAUGGUGUUUCUCAGUUCACAUCAGGCAUCUGGAAGCCAUGAAGUACCAUGUAGCCUGGUCACUAUGUUACAUCUGGAAAGCAGUUGGAAGCUGAGUGUUUAUUAAUGUUCAUGAGUCACUGACCAUGAACCUCAGAGCCACCCUAUCACAGGGUUCUUGAUUUAUGAAAUAACAAAUUGAUUUUGCUGCCUAAAACUUUUAAUAUUUUCCAUUAUUGCAGCCGAGGGCAUCUUAAGAAACAAUGCAGAAAAUACUGUAGAGAGAUGGAUGUACCCCAAACCUUUAACUCACUGAAAAUACCUAUCAGAACCUAUUUUUUUGUCUGUUAUCCCUGCCCUCAUUUCAUAUUCAUCUAAACCCUUAUGUCAAUGCAUACAUAAUUUUCUGAACUUAGUCACUAGUAAGUACAACUACAAACAUUCUUUUUUAUAGGCAUUACCCGACCUGUGUCUUAGAACCAGCAAUAUUUUUCUUUAAUUUGACAUAUUCAGUAAAAUGUAUUUAGCAGUACACUUUAUAUAAUUAACAGAAAUGGAACCAUGAAAGUAACCAUGAAAACAGCAAACAGGACUGGGGAAUGUCUAUAAAGUGCUUGCCACACAAAUACAGGGACUUCUGUUGGAUCACCCACAUAUGGUAGUUGACACUUGUAUUUUAGCACUUGAGAAACUGAGAUAGGGGAAUCCCAGGGACUCACUCUCCAGCUAGCCUGGAUUGAUUUGCAAACCCCCAAACACAAGGUGGCUAGCCCUGAGGAAUGAUGCCCCAAGAUGACUUCUGGCUUCCUCACUCACUUGUACACAUCUACUCAAAUUAAUAAUUCUACGAGCCUGUUCCCAGGAGAUACAGUUUUUAAAAUGUUUUCAGCCUAAGAAUUCUUUUAAGAAAAUGUUAGUGUAUAUGAAGCCUAUUAAAAAUAAUACUGGCAACCUGA